ACACAAACACACACCCUCAUUUGCAGAGGACACACACACACAAACACACACCCUCAUUUGCAGAGGACACACACACACAUACACAUACCCUCUCUCAUACACACUCACAGCUGUUGAGGCUUCUCUCUGUGAUAAACGCAGAGGAGCAGAGCCCACAGGAAUCUGGGAGAAUCUGCUGGCAGCUCGGAGCAAAGAGCAUCUAUACGGACGAUCUGCUCGGAUAAGUGGACCGACUGGUUUUUCUCAUCGCAGCCAGGCUCUCACUUUCCGUCAUUCAUAUCCCUCUCUCUUUUUCUCUCUCUCUCUCUCUCUCUCUCUCUCUCUCUCUCUCUCGUCUUUUCCCGGCUUCUCUCUGGGAACAAACUCAGUGUUGGAAUUUGAGGGCAGACUGCGAGCAGCAGAGAAAAAUAGAGACAUGUGUUUUGCCCCAGCUGCUUACUACUACUGCCUGAUCUCUCCCAUUCACUGACCGAGGAGGAAAUACAAGGUGAGAGUCAGAGCGGCGGCCAUAGAGCGAGCGAGACAGGUGAAGCAGGCAUGAGCGUGGACAGCCAUCAGGAGGUGGUGACCACCCCUCCCCCGGCGAGUGGAGGGACUAAGGAGCGCUACUUCGACCGCGUCAACGUCAACGAUCCGGAGUACAUCAGGGCCAGGAACAUGUCACCUGACCUCCGGCAGGACUUCAAUGUCCUGGAGCAGAAGAAACGUGUCACGCAGAUCUUACAGAGCCCCGCCUUCAAGGAGGAGUUGGAGAGUCUCAUCCAGGAGCAGCAGCGGAUAGGGAACAACCCCGCCGGGCUGCUGGCCCUCAGGCAGAUCGCUGACUUCUUCGUGGCCACCUCCGUGGCCGGCUUCAACACCUCCCCCCUCAGUCUGGGGAUGGUCACUCCCAUCAACGACCUGUACGGAGUCGAGUCCACCACGAUGGUGAAAGGCGAGAGGCUGACACGCUGUAAACUGGCCAGCACGUACAGACUGGUGGACCUGUUCAGCUGGGCCCACCUCUCCAACUCCUACAUCACAGGUCGAGUCAGCAAAGAGCAAGACCACAUCCUCAUCAGUCCCAGAGGACUGUCGUUCGCUGAGGCGUCUGCAUCGAAUCUGGUGAAGGUCAACAUCCUCGGGGAUGUGAUCGAACAGGGCUCCACCACCCUGAGGAUCGACCCUGCGGGCUUCAGCCCCCACGCUGCCAUCUACUCCAUGCGUCCAGACAUCCGCUGCAUCCUGCAUGUGCAAACUCCUGCCAUGGCUGCUGUGUCGUCCAUGAAGUGUGGCAUCCUGCCCAUUUCACAGGAGUCAUUGAUCCUGGGUGAUAUCGCCUACUACAGCUACCAGGGCAGCCUGGAUGACCAGGAGGACCGCAGAGAGCUGCAGAAGGCCCUGGGGCCCACGUCGAAGGUUUUGGUGCUGAGGAAUCACGGUGUAGUUGCUCUCGGGGAGACCAUCGAAGAGGCAUUUACCUACAUGUUUACUGCCCAAUAUGUCUGUGAAAUCCAGGUGAAGGCCAUGGCGUGUGCUGGCGGGGUGGACAACCUGAUAUUGCUGGACUCGGCCAAGUUGAAAGCACAAGUGCAGACAGUUAUCAAGGACGGGUCUAUCAACAUGAGUGGCAAUCAAAAGUGGAAGUUGGGCGAGAUGGAGUUUGAGUCUCUGAUGAGGAUGCUGGAUAACCUGGGCUACAGGACCGGUUACACAUACAGGCACCCCAUCAUCCGAGAGAAGCCCAGGCACAAGAGCGACGUGGAGAUCCCCGCCACGGUCACAGCAUUCAUGUUUGAGGAGGACGCGGACAGCUGCGCCACGCGGCUGCCCUUCAAGUUCCUGCAGCAGCGCCAGCAGAGGGAGAAGACGCGCUGGCUCAACUCGCCCAACAGCUACACCAAGGUCAGCGUGGAGGGCGGAGAGGAGCGCUACAACAGCCGGACAACCACGUGGAUGAAGGCGGAGGAGACGGGAACCCCGAUCCGGAUCGAGGACCCCAAUCAGUUUGUCCCUCUCAACACAGACCCCAGUGAGGUGCUGAAGAAGAGGAACAAAAUCAGAGAACAGAACCGCUUUGACAUGAUGUCGUCAGGGCCGCGCUCUCAGCACCUUGCAGGCAUCCCUGUUGAUGAACCGCGGCGGCCAUACGUGCCCACAGAGGAGGAGCAGAUGGCUCCCCUGCCUCCCAACCCCUUCAGUGAGCAGACAGAAAAGGUGCUGCAGGAGUACCGCACAAACGUGGAGAGGAGGCAUCUAGGCCCCAAUGAUGGAGAGCACGAGCUAACCUCCGACGACGGCUCCACUCUCUCUCAGUCUCUGUCUCUCACCCAGUCCCUGCAAAGCACUCCAGCUAAAGAAGACAACCACACGGGCCUGAUGAACGGCAAAGACAGCCACGGCGAUGUGGACGAGGAGCUGUGCAGGCGCGUCAGCCAGCUGACCACCAGCGUGGAGAGCGUGGAGAUCACGGUGCGCACCUGCGGCAAGAUCGAGGAGGCGCUGUCCCCCGAGAGCUCACCCUCCAAGUCCCCCAACACCAAGAAGAAGAAAAAGUUCCGCACCCCGUCCUUCCUGAAGAAGAACAAAAAGAAAGAGAAGACGGAGGCCUGAGAGCAGACGGGAGGGAAGAAGAAAGCGCGGCGGCAGCCAACCUUCUCUGUUUAAUGUCUGUGUUUUUAUUUUGUCUCCGUUUUCAACGUCCUUUUGUGUUUUUAAUUUUAUUCAAAUCUUUAACAAAAGUUUGUAUGUGCAAAAUGGCAGACAAAACGGAUCACGUAGAGAAAAAAAAAGAAUUGGUUUUCAACAACACCAAAAAAGAAAGGCCUCUCCUUCUGCUAGAAGACAUCAUGUUUGUGAAAUUGUGGGAUGGGCACGUGGAUGCACAAGUUAAAGUCGACUUGGGGGGGGUGUUGGGUGUCUGCAGCACUCCAACAGGGCUUUGAUUUAGAAUAACUGGUUCCCAGGCCGAAGAUAGAACUGGAAACCACCUCGCUUAUUUCUUGCGUCGAAAUCGAAUUUCAUUCAAUGAUUACGUUGCAACAUUGUUGUUAAACUGCACAAGUUGAAACUAAAUCUUUGUGUUUUUAAGUUUUAGUUUUUGCAUCCUGGCCACCUGAGUCUCCACAGAGAUCUGAGAGGCCUCAUGACAUUUGAAGUCACACUGGAAAACUGGUCUGCGAAGGAGGUUUGUGUCGAUCCAUUUAGCUUCUGAUGCGAACCUUUUCUUCGGCUGAUUGUGGUUGAACUAGAAGACGGGGUUAGAAACUGGACCAGACAACAUAGUGAGGACGGAGGCUGGCGGUUUAUGACAACUAGGUCAACGAGCCGCCGACUCGCGCAAAUAUUUAUGUAGCAUUUUCACAUCUUCUCCUCUUCAUCUCAAUGUUGUUAUUGCCAAACUAAAAAGAGGAAACGAUCUCAUUUCAGUAGAGCGUCACCAUUUGUGUCUAGUUUGUCAUCUCGUGAAAUGUGAUCUUUUUUUAUUCAACACAAAUUUGGUAUUAGUCAACUCUGUUUUGUACUCAUUUGUAAGCUUUUACAGAGAAUUACAGCAGUUACGCACGUUUUCUGAAUUUAUAUGGCUGACUAUGUUCUUUAGUGAUGCCCGAUUGCUGACAUUAUAUUCUAAUCUUCAGAGUACACAAAUUUACUAUAUAACGCAGAUAUAUGAAAACUGGAUGAUAUGUUGGCUAUAGAUUUUUAACUAUAUAUUUUUUAUUUUAUUGUGCUGCACUUUUCUCUUGUGGUAUAUCACCCAUUUCAGUUGCAGGUGGUUUCAUCAGUGAAGGAGAUUGUGAAGUAAUUUGAUAAAAGGUGUGCAAGUAGCAAGCAAGGCAUGUUGUCCGAGAACGGGACCCCGAAAGUGAGUCGAACGAGAGUCUUUUUUUUGGUGUCGCACAUGAGAAAUCAUCUCCACUUCUCAACAAAGAGAAACAGGAAGUGGACUGUCGAAAUACUGAGUCCAAAUAUCUGCAGUCGCCAGCUGAAAAGAGAGUCACGGGUCGGGAAGUGAGGAGCUUUUUACUCGGUGUUUUGUGCGUUUGUUUUUGUUUUUGUUUUUGAAGCCAUACUCAAUAUAUUUUUCCCUCCAUUGUUUUUUAUGAUGAGACAAGGGUUGCGACCGUCGUCUGCCUGCUCGGGCGUCAAGGACCCUAACAAGACCUCUGUUAAAUCUCCCCAGUGACUGCAUUGACACCCCUCAGGCGGCCCAAAACUUUAUUUCUUUUUUCAGUAGCUUCAUCCACAGCAGCUUUAUUUGCCAUUGAUUUCCUCCUGGACCUGGAACAUUACAAGGGGCACAUAUGGACAUUUGUAUUUCUAUUAGAUCGCUCCGAGAGCCCAGUCGUCAUUUCAGCUUCUAAAGCCUCCCCUCGUGUAAUUUGUCCAGUAAACACGACCGUGCAGUAACUGUCAGAUGACCCACAGAUGAACUCUGCAAAGCCAAAGUGUAAUGGGUUGCCACAUAUAUAUAUCCUCCCCCCAGCAGUUUAACCAGAUGUACUAAUAUCCCAGCUAGCAAUGUGAAGCAUUGGAUUUGGGGGCAGGGAGUGGGCGUAUAGCAACAAAUCUUUCGCUGUGUUAAACGAUAGCUUUUGUCUCUCGGCAAAGAGCUGCUGAGGUCACACAACUGGAACAUGGAGAAGGGAGGUGUGAGUUAGGAAAUGGAAGUGCAUAUAUAUUUCUAUAUGUUUGUGUGUGUGUGUGUGUGUGAGUGAGGUAGAGGGGGGGGGGGGGGUGCAGUGGUUAAGGACAACCUGACACUAGUGCACCAUCUUUUCAUCACUCAGACCGUCUUCUUCUUUCAUGCCAUCUCUCCUCCCGGGAGGUUCUCUUUCUUUUUUUUCUUCAUCCUCCAUGUUUAACGCAGUACGCGUUCUUUUUUUCUUUUAGUUUGCAGAGAGCGCUAGGCUUUUAUUUUUUAUUUUGUAUUAACCCUUUUAUGAGCAAAUUGCUCCCAGGUGAACUGUGCAUUGGAUCCUUGUUAUUUUCUCCACUUUUGUUUCCGACUGUUUGCACCUUGCUUUACUAAUGUUUUAAAGUAAAUAACGAGUUUUGCUUUGGCAUGCCAGAAUGAGUCAAGCUACUUUGUGACCUGUGAACAUCCAAUAUAAAUGGUUAUCAAAUGGAGUUGCUUUUAGAUGUAUUGCUAAUCAGUGUAAAUUCACAAAUAAAGCUGUAUUUU